GAUUGUUUUUAGCAUUCACUACUGUACUGAUGCGAAGUUAGCAAGCUCACAGCUGGAAGACGCAAAUAUUUACUUAAUAGUCCGAUUGAAUAAUAUUAUUGGGUUUUAUUUUAAAGGAUCUGCUAGAAAUAAUAGCUAAAAAGGACAGAAUGGCGGCAGAUUGGUUGGGAAGUUUAGUGUCAAUAAACUGUGGUACAACUCUGGGAGUGUACCAAGGAGAAGUUUCAUCUGUGGACCAGAGCAGCCAGACCAUCUCUCUAAAACAGCCUUUCCACAAUGGUGUCAAGUGUCCUGUACCUGAAGUCACUUUCAGUGCUAUGGACAUUAAGGAACUAAAGAUUUUGGACAUCCGGAAUGGUCAAGAUGGGUGGAGUGGCAGGGGAGGAGGUCAGACCAACAGUGUUCCUAUCGCAGUCCCACUCAAAGGUGACCCCAGGACCCAGGAAAGGCUGAUCUCUCCCCAGCAGCAGUGUUCUAAAAGCUAUGGAGAUCCUCAUCUCAACGUGCCAGGCCAGCCCAAGGGAUUCCGACGGAGACACAACUCCUGGUCGUCAAGUAGCCGAGGAGUAAACCAAGUCACACCUAAGAAGAAUGGCGUGAAGAACGGAGGCGGGGGGGGUCCGAUGAAGCAAAGGGACGAUGAGUGUUUCGGGGACGGCAUGGAAGAGAGGUUGGACACGGACUUUGACUUUGAGGGGAACUUGGCGCUGUUUGACAAAGCGGCCGUGUUCUCACAAAUAGACACGUCGGAGCGACGGGGCAAUGGAACGCGGUCGCGAGGCACGCCAGGGGAGCAGACUCCCUCUCGGUAUCGCCACGACGAAAACAUCCUGGAGGCAAAACCCAUUGUUUACAGGCAGAUCGACGUCCCUCAGCCCGGGGCCAAAGAGUACUGCACCGACUCAGGGCUGGUGGUGCCCAGUGUAUCUUAUGAGCUGCACAAGCGUCUGCUGUUGGUAGCUGAGCGACAUGGUCUCUCCUUGGAGCGGAGACUGGAGAUGACUGGUGUGUGUACCAGCCAAAUGGCGCUGACUUUGCUGGGAGGCCCCAACAGACUAACCCCCAAGAAUGUGCACCAGCGGCCCACUGUGGCCCUGCUGUGUGGCCCUCAUGUGCAAGGAGCCCAGGGCAUCAGCUGUGGCCGCCACUUGGCCAACCACGAGGUGGAGGUCAUCCUCUUCCUGCCCAACUUUGUCAAGAUGCUGGACUCUGUUACCAGCGAGCUCACCCUCUUCAGCAAAACGGAGGGCAAGCAGGUGUCCAGUAUCAAAGACCUACCAGACAGCCCAGUGGACCUCAUCAUCAACUGCCUGGACUGUCACGACAACACAUUCCUAAUGGACCAGCCGUGGUACAGGGCUGCUGCAGAUUGGGCCAACCAGAACCGAGCCCCAGUGCUCAGCAUAGACCCUCCAGUCAGUGGGCAGGGCCAGGCAGUGGAAGCCAAAUGGUCCCUCUCCCUGGGCCUUCCCCUCCCCCUGGCCGAGGGGGCAGGCAGGGUUUACCUCUGUGACAUCGGUGUCCCUCGCCAGGUGUUUCAGGAAGUGGGGAUCAAGUACCAUUCUCCGUUUGGGUGCAAGUUUGUCAUUCCAUUACACUCAGCAUAACUGGACUGCUGGAACAACACAGACUAACACGUUGACCCUUCCUGACCAUUUGGGUUCUGGGGAUUUUUUUUUUUAAACACAGAACAAGCCUUCAAUUCCGGUAUAUUAUUGUGUUUUGAUCGUUCAUGUUUAGGUAUUCUGAUUGCAGCUGCGGGGUGCACUGGAAUGUGUUACAAAGAGUGUUACAGAUGGGAUACAACACUUUUUGGUUCAGAUCGGAUGAGAGCAUUGAGUUUGUAUCAUCCAGGACUCAUUGGAUGAGAGCAUUGAGUUUGUAUCAUCCAGGACUCAUUGGAUGAGAGCAUUGAGUUUGUAUCAUCCAGGACUCAUUGGAUGAGAGCAUUGAGUUUGUAUCAUCCCGGACUCAUUGGAUGAGAGCAUUGAGUUUGUAUCAUCCAAGAUCAAAUCUAUAUUUUUCCUUACAUUUCUUUUCAUUUGAGUCUGCUCAGCAUGUAAACAGUUGAGGAUGUUUUCAUUGUGACAGAUUAUUUUAGUGGCAUGGGCAGGUAAGGUUUUUUUCCUGAAAAUAACUACUUUUAAUUGAGCUGUGACUGAGCCUGCCGCUUGAGCUGUGACUUGAGAGAUUUCAAGAGUUUGUUCAGACAGUACAGGAUAUGUGGUGACCCAUUGAUGGGCCUUUUGCAAACACAAUCAUCCUGCAGAAAUGUAACGGUGAGAUAUGUAAAUUGGUGUAAAUUAAAUUACACCUGUAUUGAAGGCUGAUAUAUAUAUAUUAAAUAGACUAUUUUAUCAAUGGAACUAUGAAUGUAGUAUGUGUUUAAAGAUGAAUAAUCAGAUUUUUCAAUUUUUUAUUGGUCCUUUCGAUUUACAGUUUUUUAGUCUAAGACCAAGUCUCGUCUUUGAUCUCUGUCAGAGGAACAUCCUUUGAAGUUAUGAGAGCAGCACUGCUGCACAGAAGGAGGUCAUGUGAGCAGACCGUUUCCUCGUUGGCAAAGCCAGUUAGUUUGCCUUAUUUGUGUAACAUCUUGAGAGCGUUGUGCAUAUUCAUGCGCAGUUGAUUUCUUACCAAAAUACGGACUUGUUCAGUCCUUACAUUGUAGAAGAUUGCCUUCUCUGUGUGAAGGGCUUAGCUGUUUUGUGUGAAUUGAUUUGAUUCUAGAGAACAGAAAAAUCUUAGGACCCUCUGAUUCUUCCAUACGAGGACUGAAGGGUACAUUCUUGUAUUUGCUUGCUUGAAUUGUAAAUCCCCAAAUGGUCACGGUUCUUGUCUGUAACAUGCAUUCAUGUACAUUUGGCCCAACUCAAGUUGAGAAUGUGUUGCGCGAAUCUUCACAUGUUUCAUCUUUUGUUGAUGAUACAUUACUGAUAGUAUUUUCUGAAAAUUUCAGGCUGAAGUAUAUUUUUUUAGUCUUUUGAAAUGUUCAAAUUGAAGGACUAAAAUGCUGCUCAAUUUUGCAGACAAUUUGUUAAUUUCACAGCAAUUAUUGAGGCAUACCACUAUUAAUAGUGCUACCUGUCAUUAUCUCUUUUGUUUAACAGACGAUUGUUGUAGUUAUAAUGUUAUUUGGUUACAUGACCCUUUGAUAUAUACCACUGGAUAUUAGCAGACAUGUCUGAUAUGUUAAACAUUUUUAUUUUCAAGGAUUCAUUCAUUCUUUAAACAUUUUGAAGAUUUGGCACAAUAUUUUCUAUCUGUUUUACAUGUAUUCUGAAUAAUACAUGAGGCAAAGGAAAAAAAAAUAAUCUUAGGUUGAUGUCAAAAAUCUAUUUUACAGAUUAAUUUGAAUUAUACUAUUAGGCCAUAGUAAUCCGUUAUAGGAUCAGCAUUCAAAUGAUCUUACUCAGUUUAAUUUAGCUAUUGUUAAAGUAUGGCAGCGUUUUAAAGGUACAGUCUUCAUCUGUGUUCCCUCCUACCUUAUACAGACAUAAACAAAGACAGAAUUCACAUAUUCAGACAGCCAUCAUUGAUUAUUUUCAGAAGUUAUUUGAUACUUAGAAUUCUAUUUAAAAAAAUAUGUUUCUUUGUAUGUGCCUGUAAGCAAGAUGUUUACAGGACAGUUCUAUGUGUCUGCAAGCAGGAACUUGAUUGGAAGUUGUUGAAUAAUGUUGCUGCCUGGUUUGGGACCUUUUCAUAUCUGCUGGGUGCUUACAAGGUAUUAUGUGCAUAUAUACUAGAGGACAGCGAAGCUAGAUGCUUAAUUGAGUAUUACCAAUUGUAUGUACUUUCAGUAUCGAUGUUCAUUUUUUAUCAUGAUUCAAUUUAGUUUAAUUUGCCUUGUUGUCUCAUGUUUUCUUAAUGGCAGUGAUAACCUUUUUGUGUGUUUUGGAUUAAUGUACUAAUGUGAACAUUAUAUCCUGGGUGUUGCAGCACUGUCUCCAUAGACUUAAUGAAGCCCUGUCUGAAACACCUCAUUGGUGGGAUGUGUUUACACGUUACUGACGCCACAGUCAUUUAAAAAAAAAUGUCAAAUGGGUAUGUGUGUGUUGGAGGGGAUGGGGGUGUUGGCGAGAAACUUACUUUAUUCAACAUAAGAGACACCAUUUAGAGAGAGAGAGAGAGAGA